UUUAGAAAUCGCAGAAGCUGAUCUAAUGGUAGGAAGAGUUCUAAUAAUAAGGGAAAUAACUCCUCUAGUUUCGUUUUUGACAAUCCAGAUCCCGACCUUUACCAUUAGUGGAAGCAUGUCGGAGAAAAUUGCAAUCGUUGGGAGUGGGCUGAUUGGCCAGAAUUGGUCAAUGAUCUUUGCUGCCCAGGGGUACAAGGUCCAUGUGUUUGAUGUAGAUCCUGGCCAGUUGACUCGAGCGGAGCAGAACAUCGCCCGGACUCUCACAGAGUAUGAGGAGGAGGGAUUUCUCAGAGGUGUCAGUGCCGCAGCAGAGCAGGCUAAACUGGUGACCUUUACUAGUUCCCUACAGGAAUGUCUGACUGGAGCAAUCUAUGUACAGGAGUGUGUUCCAGAAAACUUAGAUCUGAAGAGGAAGGUGUUUGGCCAGAUAGAUGAGAUUGUGGGUGGAGCUACAGUAGUGGCUAGCUCCAGCAGUUGUCUUCCUGCUUCUUCCUUCACUGAGGGCCUUAGAAACAAAGAACAGAUGCUAGUGGCUCACCCGAUAAACCCACCAUAUUUUGUUCCUUUGGUUGAACUGGUUCCUGCUCCAUGGACUAAACAGGAAACAUUGACAAUGGCACGGGAGCUGAUGGAGAAAGUAGGUCAGUCACCCGUCACUCUCCGCAGGGAGAGUCUAGGAUUCGCACUCAACAGAAUACAAUAUGCAGCCAUUAACGAGUGCUGGAACAUGUAUCAGUCUGGUUUGUUGAGUGCUGAGGACAUUGACAAAGUCUGUUAUGAUGGACUGGGUCCCAGAUACGCCUUCAUUGGACCACUACAGACUAUGCAUCUUAACGCUGAUGGCAUUGUGGAUUACUGCAAGAGAUAUGCAGAUGGAGCAUAUAAUGUACAGAAAGAGACUUUUAAACCUAUCCCUGUUCAGUAUGAUGUAGAAACAGCAGAGAAGAUCCAGGCUGAAUACAAUGCUUCAAUUCCAUUGGAUAAAAUUCCAGACAAGAGGAAAUGGAGAGACACUAGACUUGCAAAUUUAGCUAAAAUGAAGAAACAGUUAGAUGAUAAAUAACAAAAAGUUAUGAAAUCUUAUUUAUUGUAAUCACAACAAAUGUAAUAAUGUAUAGUUAAUGAAAAGUUAAUUUUUCAAACUCAGGCUUACAGGUAGAGAAAAAAAAUAUACAUUGUAAGAUUGUAGAAAAUGUAUAGAAAUCUUAAUCCAACAAGUCAGAACAUAUAAAUAUCUCAGGGAAUGUAAAAGGAACAACACAGCUUUGACAUGUAGUGGUUUUAAAAUUACAGAAUACUAGUAAGUGUUUCCAGCCCCUUGUGUUUUGAAAUAAUUUAGUUAAAUUGAUUCUGAACAGUUUGUUCAAUUCAUUUUAUAAAAGUUGAAAGGGAGAUGAAAUGAACAUUUGUUUGUAGUUACUAGUUAACUUACACCUGUUGGUUGCAGGUUAUAAAAUUUAUGGAACUAAUGUCAACCUAAAAUGAAAAAAGUGCUGAGAAAUUUAUGUGUGUUUAUUAUGAAAAUUUAUUAUGCUGUCUCUCUGUCAUACUUAAAUAAUUAUUCUCUUCCUUAUUUCUUUUCACUUGCUGUCAAGUUGUAGUGCUUCUAUAAAUUUCUAAUGUUUCUCUGUUAGAAAGUAAUGGACCAUUCAUAAAAUACUAGUAAACACUUCUAUUAUUGACUUUGGAGAAAAAAAAACUCAAAUGACCUUGGUUUAAGGAUCUCAGUUCAUAAAUAAUCCUUGUGUGAAGGAUGAACUUCCAAUGUUUCUUCAUUAGAAAGUUAUAGACAAAGAAUAAGUUGUAUAUUUCUUCUGACAGUGACCUUCAACUUGCUCAAAUGACCUUGGGGUAAUGUCACAUAAACACUCAGGUCAUAAACAAUGUGUGUGACAAGCUUUCUCCAUCACAAAGAAUGGCCAGGGCAGUUCCAAAAAUAACCUAAAACUUGCCCAUAUAUGACCUUUGAUCAGAUCAAGGCAAACCUUUGGGUUAUAUUAGUAAUUUAACAUUCGAAUUCUACAAUUUUUUUCUGUCAUGGACCUGAAACUUUCACAAAUGACCUUUGUCAAGAUCAUGGACCUCUUUCAGACCCUAAGCAAUCUGCAUCAAGUAUGAAUUUCCAAGGUUUCUCCAUCGUGGAGUUUUGGUCCUGACACGGUUGAACUGACAGACCGACAAGGUGAUUCACAUAUACAUGUACAUGUCUAAGAGAGAAAAGAAGUCAGUUGAGCUCUUAAUUUUGUUUUAAUAAAGAAUAAACAGAGAA